GUCCAGCAUGCUGUGCCCCACGCUCCUGCUGCUGGUCCUGCUCCACAGGGUCUCUGCUUCGCCCAGUAGGCACGCUCCUGUAUCCCCGUUCCGAGCUGUGCCGGGGCCGUGGCUGCGCCGACCCCUUUUCAGACUAGAGCUGUCAGAUGUGGAGGAUACCUUCCAGCGCCGCGCGGGGCCACUCGAGGUCCCGGCGGACAGCCGCGUGUUUGUGCAGGCAGCCCUGGCCCAUCCCUCCCGGGGCUGGGGCCUGGCCCUGCACAGCUGCUGGGUGACACCGUCCUCGCGUCCGGCCCCGGGGCCCGCCCUGGCGCUGCUACGUGGCGGCUGCCCUGCCGAUUCUUCUGUCACCUUCCCGCCACCGCAACCCUGGGCCGCCCACUUCAGCUUCCGUCUGCGUCUGGUCUUCAAUGCCUCUGUACAGUUCUUACAUUGCCAGCUGAGCCGACAUCGCUGCCUCUGGGGAGCACACCAAACUACUGCGCCUCUGACGCUGUCACCCCCGUCGCCGUGUCUGCCUCAGAAUGAGGCAUGUGCGGGCAAUGGCAGUGGCAGUGGCAGCGGCGAGAGUCUGGACGCUGAUGGCCCCCACAUGCACACGCUUACGCAGCCCAUCGUGGUCACGGUCCCACAGCCACCCCUCAGGCCACCCAAGGACAUCCCCAGCAGAGCCGUACGUCCAGAACCUCCAGCGUCUGCCCCAGUGGCCCUGGAGCCCGCACCAGUGGUGGCACUAGUAGUGGCCGCCUUCUUGCUGGGCGCUGCGGUGGCUGCCGGGUUCGGCCUCGUGUGCGCACACUCAGCGACCCCACCUCCUGGCCCACCCCGGAGAACCUCGCCUAGCGACCCCCAGCCCACAAGACCCCAGUGAGGCAGAACACCUGGAUGGCGUACCCCCAGAUCAAGCACUGCAUCAGGCAGACUUUCCUCUGAUCAGACCUCUGACCCUACAGAACCACAGACCAAGAUCCCUGCGCCCAGCCCUCCUCACUUCUCCCACCAAGGCUCAAAAUAAACAUCUGG